GCUUCAAGUCGGGUAGCGUUACACGCAUGGGGCAGGGCCUGGAGAAGCCAUGGCGAUGGCGCUCGUCGCAGGAGUAAAUGUGCGUCUCUGCUUUUCUCCGUCGGUUGGAGAUUUGGCUCGAAGAGUACGCAGUCCCUCAUCAAUUUCUUACCCACGUAAGUGUUGCGGGAUUGCUGUGCCACUCUGGUCGUUGCCUAGUUCACCACGGCCGCUGAGCAUAAUCAAUGCGGUACACCAUCAGCACACGUCCCAUUCCGUUCAUCUCCCUGUACAUUCCAACAGACGAUUCGCCGCCCCGGACACCAGGCGCGUGCUCCCAAUCCGAGCUCUUCUUGCGCUCUCGGUUGCAGCGGCACUCGCAUUUCUUCAACGUAAGCAGCAGCGGGUGCAACUAGUUAGAUCUAGAAUCUUAAUGGCCGGGAAAGACGACGAUUACGUAGCGAGCGCUAUGAUGGCGAAGCGGGAAGAAUCUGCUGCAACUAAGACGAGAAGAAUCGAUUCUCACUUGCAUGUUUGGGCAUCGCCGAAAGAGGCCAAUGAAUUCCCCUAUUUUCCAGGUCAGGAGCCGACAUUACCAGGGAAUGUGGACUAUCUUUUAGAGAGCAUGGAAGAAGCGGAAGUAGAUGGAGCGCUCAUAAUUCAGCCCAUCAAUCACAAGUUUGAUCAUAGCUAUGUCUCCAGUGUGAUUAGAACGUAUCCAGGCAAGUACGUGGGCUGCUGCCUCGCCGAUCCAUCCGAAGGUGGAGGUGGCGUCAGAGAAAUGGAACGGUUGAUUGCCGAGGAAGGUUAUAGGGCUGUUCGUUUCAAUCCCUAUUUGUGGCCAGCCGGGGAGAAUAUGACGAAUAAAGUUGGGAAGGCUAUGUUUUCUAGAGCUGGUGAAUUAGGAGCUGUAGUGGGUUUCAUGUGUUUCAAAGGCUUGAUGCUGCACAUCGAUGAUAUCGAGGAGCUGUGCUUAGAAUUUCCAGCGACUGCAGUGAUGAUCGACCACUUCGGGUUCUGCAAACCAGCCCAGAGCAAGGACGAGGAGGAAGCGUGGAGACGAUUGCUAUCGUUGGCUAGGUUUCCCCAGGUGUAUGUGAAGACUAGCGCUUUUUUCCGGGUGUCAAGGCAGUCGUUUCCCUACGAAGAUACCUGGCCAUUGGUACAACAGCUGGUGGACGCUUUUGGAGCGAAGAGAGUACUUUGGGGAAGUGAUUUUCCGUUUGUUGCCGCUGAGUGUGGUUACACGAAAGCUUGCCAAGAACUUCCUUCUAUAAUGGCGUCCAAAUUGCGACUAUCCUCAGAGGAUUGGGAGUGGGUUUUGGGCAGAACCGCUCUCCAACUUUUUGCUGGUGCUUGGCAGGAGUCCAACCUAGUUUCAUAGCUUGACAGCACCUCUGUCAGUCUCAUAAUUCGUAUGCUAUUGUCCUCAAUUGACCCAUUACAAUUAUGUAUCUUCUAGCUUUUCUGUCCACAGAUUUAAGGCCUGAUUGAAAAACGAAUUCGAGGUUCUUCGUUACAGAGCUCGAACAUCAACAAGAUUCAUCCAUGAAUCUCGGGAUUUUUUCGAUAGAAUUCCUGCAACGUAUGUAUUGCUUGUUUCCACAGCAGCAUCGAAGACCUCGAUCGACAG